UUUACACUAUAUUUGUAAUUAAAUUUAAUGACACGAUGUGUGAUAAUUAUCUAUUAUUAAGGUGAACGUUAAUGUUUGUGGAUAACAUAUGGUGACCUGCAUGUUCUAAGGUCGGUGUUUCAUCACCUUUGCAAUUAAAUAUUUCAUUAUCUCACCAACUACGUUACAUCGUUAAUUGGUUGUUCCCUAUUUUACAGGACAGGGCAAAUGGAUCUAAAUUAGCAACAAAUGAGAGAAUAACUUUUCUCACAUUUCACGAUUCAGUUUAUCUUCAAGCAGAAAUGUAUCAGUUGGAUUACCAUGGCUUCCUUUUCCAGAAUCCGCGGGGGAUCAAUCCUAAUUAGAUCUACGUACGAAAUCGACCUCUUUGAAUUACAGAAAAGAAUAAAUAAAUCUUCAAAAUUGAAAACCAGAUGAUAUUGUCGUUAAAGAUUAUCAGUCAUUUAUCAAGAUUGAAAGAAAAUGUUAUGCAGAACUCAUACAGAACCAGGUUUAUAUAAAUCUAUGGUAAAAUCACUGUGAAAUAUUUCCUCUGACUGACAAUGUUUAGCAAAGUUUCUCCGUUUCACAGUCUGGAACAUGUGCAAGAUGACAUUGCAUUCUCAUUAAGCUUGGAUUACUAAGGAGUUUGUCACAUCUUCAGAUAUUGACUAAGAUUACAGAAUAAAUAUUUGUUAGGAAUAAAAAUUCUAAAUCAAGAAAAAAAGAGAAGCAUCUGUAUAUUUUGAUGACAGAAAGAAAAUGAUGGCAAAUGAAUUGUGUGAAGACACUUUUAAGUGUAAAUCAGACUCUAAAAGAAAUGAUUUUACUGAAGAAAUAUUACCUAAAAUAGAAAAAAUACCAUAUCACUGUGAUAGCUGUAAAAAGUCAUUUUUAAAAAAAGGUAACCUUAUUGCUCACAAAUGUACUGGAAAGAAACCAUAUGACUGCAAUAUCUGUGGUAAAUCAAUCUCUCGCAGAGGAAACUUAACUAAACACAAACAAAUUCAUGCAGGAAAAAAACCAUUUCAUUGUAAUAUCUGUGGUAAGUCAUUCUCUGCGAAUAGUCACUUAACUGCACACAAACGCGUUCAUACAGGGGAGAAACCAUAUCACUGUGAUAUCUGUGAUAAGUCAUUCUCUGAAAGCGGUCCCUUAACUAGACAUAAGUGUAUUCAUACAGGAGAAAAACCAUAUCAGUGCAAUAUCUGUGGCAAGUCGUUCUCUGUAAGUAGUCACUUAACUACUCACAAACACACUCAUACAGGAUCGAAACCCUAUCACUGUGAUAUCUGUGGCAAAUCUUUUUCUGUAAGUAGUCACUUAACUAGACACAAACGUAUUCACACAGGAGAGAAACCAUAUAACUGUGAUAUCUGCGGUAAAUCGUUUACUGAAUCUGGUCAAUUAAUUAAACACAUACGCACUCAUACAGGAGAAAAGCCAUACAACUGCGAUAUCUGUGGUGAAUCAUUUCCUCGAAUUGAUUGCUUAACUACUCAUAUACACAUGCAUACAGGAGGAAAGCCAUUUCAGUGUGAUGUCUGUGGUAAAUCAUUCUCUGUAAAAAGUAACUUAACUAAACACAAACACGUUCAUACAGGAGAGAAACCAUAUUACUGUGAUAUCUGUGGCACAUCAUUCUCUGAUGGAAGGACCUUAACUAUACAUAAACGUAUCCAUACAGGAGAGAAGCCAUAUGACUGUGAUAUCUGUGGUAAAUCAUUUUCCGUAAGUAGUAGCUUAGCUAGACACAAACGUAUUCAUACAGGAGAGAAGCUACAUCACUGUGAUAUCUGCAGCAAGUCAUUCUGUCAAAAAACACAAUUAACUACACAUUUAUCUAAGCAUACAAACAAAUAACUGUAUCAUUGACAUAAGUCAUUUGAUGAAAGAAAAAUCGUAUACAACAGUUGAUGUUAUCACACAUGAAAUAAGCUACUACUGUAUCAUACUUUCUGUGUGAACACCUCCUAACACUCUAUUUUAUGCAUCCAUGUUUAUAUCUACAUUAGUGACAUUUCUAUUUUGCUAUUUUUAAUAAAAAUUAUUAUUUCAGAAUA